GGGCAGUUUGAUAACUCCAAUUAGCCUCAGCAUGUUCUAGGACUGUGGGGGGAAACCUGAGCACCCAGAGGAAACCCCACAAGUAUACAGGGGGAACAAGCAAAUUCCAGACACAUGGAACCCUGGCGGAGACUUGAACCCAAGUCCCAGAAGAGUGAGCAUGCAGGCCUGUAUAAAUAGUAUGUACCGACAGUCCCCAGGUUACGAACAAGAUCCCUUCCCUAAGUCUGUCUUGGAGUCGAAUUUGUAGUACAGCUGUGAGAAGCUGUGGCUGACAGAGACUUGGACUCCUUCUGUAGCACUAGAGCCAAGACAGAGAUUUGUCAAGCUGCUGCGCUGGAGUGGCCUUUUCAGUCGCGUUCCAUUCCAGUAGUACAUACACCAUGAAUAGUUAGACUCGACCCUUCCAUAAAUAGUUAGGGAGGGCUGUGGAAAAGUAUAAAAAGCAAGCGAAUGAGGGGCAAUCACCAGAGUCGCCAGAGGCUGAGGAAGUCCUUUCACCAUCAUGUCUGAGAGACACGUGCCCCUCUCGUUCCUGCGUCACCCGAGCUGGGACCCAUUCCGGGACUGGCACCACGGAAGCCGCCUCUUUGACCAGUCUUUUGGUUUGCCUGCCAUCCCUGAGGACUGGCACCAGUGGCCCAGCACACACUGGCCUGGCUAUCUCCGUCCCCAAGCCUCCACCUCUGAGGUAGGGGCUUCUCCUGGUCCUCUCAGCCCCUUCUAUCCUCCAAGUCACCCCACAUCUCCGCUGCUGUUGUCCCCCUAUUCUCGUGCCCUGUCCCGUCAACUCAGCAGUGGCAUCUCUGAGGUCAAGCAGUCACAGGACCAGUGGAAAGUUAGCCUGGACGUCAACCACUUUUCCCCUGAGGAACUGGUUGUGAAGACCAAGGAUGGGGUGCUGGAGAUCACCGGGAAGCAUGAGGAGAGAAGGGAUGAGCAUGGAUUUAUUUCCAGAUGCUUCACCAGGAAAUACACAUUACCCCCUGGCGUUGAUGUUGAGAAGGUUGUAUCAUCCCUGUCUCCUGAGGGCAUGCUGACAGUGGAAGUGCCCUUACCCAAGCUAGCAAUCCAGGCAGCUGAGGUCAACAUUCCUGUAACAGUGACCAAGCCCACCAUCGAGGAGAAGAAAUAAGUGCAUUAUGGCAGUCAACAAAAGCAUACAGAAUCAUCAGUAGGAGUAUCUGUUUCAUAUAGUCAAAAACAUUACAGCAUGUUUUAAGCACUUUUUUCAUCUAACUUGUGAUUAAUCAAACUGACUCUCACUUUUGACGUAGUUUACAUUUUUGGGUUCUCUUUGAAUGGCUUUUUUUCUUGUAUUGUUCUUUAUUUUCUUAAAAUGGUAAAUAAAAGCCUGCCAAACUGG